AUGGCAGCUGUGGAAGUCAUUGACCUUGUGCUGACCGUCAACAAGGCCGAUGGUCUUGCAGCCAAGGACACCAACAUGUUUGGUGUCAAGACCAAGUCGGAUCCCUACAUUGAAGUACGGUUGAUCCCACGAGGGUCUGCCAUUGAAGGUAGGGUUGUGGACAAGAAGGACAAGAUUUUUCUGGGCAAGACAGAAACAAAAUUGAAGACUCUGUCUCCCAAAUGGGAUCAAUCCUACCACAUUUCCGUUCCCCGCAAAGACUUUAAUGAGUUUUCCAUUUUCGAAUUGACCAUUAUGGACAAGGACAUUACAUCCUCCGAUGACCUUAUGGGAGUGGUGCCCGUCCAUGUUCCCGUGGGUCGAUGGGGGACCUUUACCAAAUGGUAUGGAGUCCCAGCAUCUUCGGCCAAAGGAGAAGAAGCCACGGGACGCGUCCAGUGUACCAUGUGGAUGGAACACAGUCACAAAACCCCGGAAGAAAUCAAGGCCGCCAAUGAGGCCACGGAAGCUGGUAUUGGGAACAAUGACAAAUCAGAACUUCCAGAGCUGGCCGGUGGAAAGGUGGAAGUCAUCACUCUCAAGCUCACUGUCAAAAAAGCAUCGGGACUGCCGGCCAUGGACAAGAAUAUUAUUGGUAUGAAAACCAAGUCCGAUCCCUACAUUGAAGUCAGAUUGUGUCCUAAAGGUCCUGGUGGAGGGCCGCAAAGCAAAGUAGCGCUGGGGAAAACAGAAACCAAAAUGGAAACGUUGAAUCCAUCCUACAACCAGGUAUUUGAGGCUCCGCCCCUAUCACUCAAGAGCUUUAGUGACACUGCCAGUUUUGAACUCACCAUUAUGGACUACGAUGAAAAUGGCGAAGAUGAUCUCAUGGGAAUGGUGACAGUGCCCAUCAAAUUGGACAAAUCGGCAAGCAGCACCAAAUGGUAUGACGUACCCAAAGACUCGGGGGAAGGAGGAAAGGCUUCCGGAAAGGUACAAUGCAUGCUUUCUGUUUCCAAGGAUAUCCAAGCAUCAGCAUGUACAGCAGAUACCGAGGUGAAAUUAAAGGCGGCAUUGGCCGGCAAGUCCAAACCCACGGGACCUCCACCUCCCAGGACCUCUGUGAUGAAGAGGACAGCAUCCAUGCGGCGGACUAAUAGUACGGACUCGGAGGCCAAAACGGUUCAAGAGUCGCUGAGACGCAAUCCCAUCGUGGCGCCAAUGCCAAUGCCAAAACCACCGAAACGAAUGGCAGAGCCAAGAGCCAGGUCCUCGAAACCCCAUCCACCAGCAAUAGCAGGCACGCCAGUCGUGUGUCAAGAGCCUGUCUUUCCAAGACCUUCUACUGGAGAAGCAACUGUCAGUAGUAGCAUGUGCCCGUUUUGUGAAAAGGGCAAUCACAGAAAGAAGGAUUGCCCAGAAUGGCUGGAGUUUCAGGCAUUCAAAAAACAAAAAGAAAAGGAACGAGAGGAGGAGGAAGAACGCCGCCGAAAGAAAUUGCUCAGUGUGAAAGGUCGAUUGGCAAGAAGAACCUCAAUGUCCGGAGGCAGUGAGCGACAAGCACCCAAGCGCCAAUCAUCAAUGCGAAUGCGUAGAUCAAAAUCGGACGAUUUCGACGAUUUAAGGAGAUCUUCCCACGGCAUCCGAAAACCCCCUUUGCGACAAGGCAGUAUUAGGGUAUUACCGUCCUCAUCCUCGUUGUCGCGCAAGUGCUCCAAGGAUGGAGAAAGGGUUUUCAAGAGGGCGUCGUCCAUGCGCCUGAAACGUCCAAGCAGUAUGGAAGGUUCUCCGAUAAAAAUCGAGAAGGGAGGAGAGCUCUGUAGCAAUCAACGGACAAAUUCCAUGAAGAGGAGCAAUUCCAUGAAGAGAAGCAGUCGCAGCGAGGAAAAGAAGGAAGGUCGAAUGAAGAGAAGAUCUAGUCGCGACGACGGUGAUGAAAAGAAGGAGGUAGAUCGUCGCAUCAGGAGACCCUCCAGUUUCGACGACGCCGGUGAAGCCCAAGAGAGAGAACCUCGCGUGAAGAGAAGAACCAAUGGUAAAAAGAGUCUUACUGGCGAGCGAAUCAGCUCUUCAGGUUCGAGGAAACAAAAACAGCGACCCGAUGGAACAAAGCAUACUCCUUCGCUGUCCGAGAGGAAGAGUAGUUCACGCGACGUAGUGUCGGAAAGCGAAAGCUGUAGCAGCGAGGGACUCGAAAGCGAGGCAAGCAUCAAUUGGUAG